AUGUAUGGUGUUGCAGAUCAGAACCUGCCGCCAGAGAGCGGACAACAGAAGACCUACCUCGGAGCCUUCAGGGUCACCGAAGGAGACAAGUAUAGGGGCGAACUGGCUGACCCCGAGACCACUCUCUUCAGCAAGGCAGCCAACAACUACCGGGAGUCGCUCAACCUUUGGCUGCGGAGGAGCAGGCUAAGGCCGGCCUUCAUGGGAUCUGACAUCCUGGCCUUCGAUGGGCAAGAAAACGAAGACUUGGUCGUCCACUUCACCCUUCGCUUCUCAACGAGAAGGAUGGACGUGGACGUGGAUUCCAUCAUAGCUGUAUUAUCGGAAGGUAGUCCUUAUCUUGGCAACAAGAUCAUCGAUCCAAAGAGUAUCACCCUGAUAGAGGACAAUGACGUGGACAAGCAGAACGCAAACGCUGAGGCAACUAGCACCGCUGAACUGACAACAACCACCGGUCAGCCAACGAUGAGGACCUGCUCCCCCAUGGAGUUCCGCUAUUGCCAACACACCGCCACGACCAAUGUUACCUCAUAUCCUAACAUCAUGGGCCAUAUGAAGAUAGAUGAUGUCAUGGCGAAUGUCAUAGCGUUUAGAGAACUGGUUGAUUCGGAAUGUUACCGACUCGCUUACGAGUUUGUCUGCCAAAUCUUGCAGCCACCCUGCUCUGAAAAUCUAGUCUUGCCGUGCCGCAGUUUCUGUAAGGAGUUCUGGGGUGGGUGCGGGUCUCGACUUCCGCCUCCAUUGCUACAAGCUCUCAACUGCUCCAACUUCCCCGAGUACAGUGCUGAAGAAGAAUCCCAUUGCCUCCCUAAGCCUGGCUGCUCUGAUGAUCUUGAGUCGAGAGGACUUGGGUCUCGGCUCUGCGACGGCGUUCCUGACUGUUCCGACCUCAGUGACGAGACAUCUUGCAACCACUGUCCUGCCGGCAGCCUCCAUUGCACUUCUUCAAAGGCUUGUGUUCAGCGACACUCUCUAUGUGACGGCAAUGCAGACUGCCCAGAUGGUAGUGACGAGAGAGGAUGCUUAUCCCUUGCACCAAACUUGAGCGGCCUGAAGAAGCUACGUAGCGUUCAAGCUAUGCACUAUUUUCCUCAAGGGAACGUGAUAUUCAUCGAGAAAGGACUGCACGGAAAGGUUUGUACAGAGAAUCUUAAUGAUUCGAUUCCCAAUGAAAAUCAAGACGUUGUGCUGAAUAGGAUAGGGACAUCGCUCUGUAAAGAUUUGUCAUUCAACAAAGUAAAGAGUGUUAAAAUUGAAAAAGAUAAAGAAAUAGAUUCAAUAUACGUCAAAAUGGCAGACCCAGCGGCUAGCGAAAUUAGUUUUAUACCGACGCAUUGCCCUAGCAAGCAGAUACUUUCUGUUGAAUGCAACAGUUUAGGUGAACAGAGCAAGGCCGAGUGGAUUGCAAGAGGAGGUACAACUCGAUUAGGAUCAACGCCACCUUGGCAGCAAGAGAGAUUGGUCGUUGGGAUGGUAAAGUCACCAGUAGAGGGCAGCACUGUUGUCCUUGUAAAACUGGAGAAACCAUUCUCUCCAUCGGACUUUGUCAGACCAAUCUGUGUUCCACAAUCUUCGGGACCAAUCGCUUCAUUAGAAGCAUGCAACAGUUUAGGUUGGACCAAAAACAGGACGGUGCUUCAGAGAGUAGAGCUCAAACUUAGCAACAUGGAACAGUGCUCGAAUAUAAGCAUCACUACGGUCAACAGCAUUUGCACUAAUUCUUUCAGUCAAGAUUGUAGCGUAAGUUCAAUAUAA